AUGAAAGGAAAUGAAUCCAAAUUCCCGCAGCCCUCCCGGGGCUGCCUGGGCACCGCUCUGAGCCGUUCAGAGCCUGAGUGUGACAGCGCUAAGCUGCUGCGGCGGUUGUGUGGCAGGGACCGCGGGAGCGUGAGGAGCCAUCUCUCCACGCCCUUCCUCCUCCUCCUGCCACUGGGAGCCUGUCUCCCUCUGCUGGACACGAGGGAGCCCACAGACACCGGGGGUGCCAUCGCAGCCGGUAUGAGCUGGGCCCACCUGGCCCAGGGGUCCAGACCCCACUUUGUGUGGGGCCCCGCCAGGUGGCCAAGAGCACCGCACGCACAGGCCCCACUUGCCAGGGCUGAGGGGCUGCCGGCCUCCGGUGGGGAGCAGGCUGGCCUCCGCCUCGCCAGGCAGGACGGCAGUGAGGCCCCGGGCGAGAAGGCAGGUGGCCCGUUAGGGAGCCUGGCCGAGGAGCUCAGUGGCUACAGCAGGAAGAAAGGCGGCUUCAGCUUCCGCUUUGGCCGGCGUCGUCGGAGGGCCAGGCGUUCUCGAGGGGCGGCGCCCCACGUCUCCCCUGCCCUCCUCCUUCAGCCUCCGAGACCCAGACCCGUCGGGUGCUGAGCAGGGGACGGGCGAGGUGUGCGCUUGCUUUUGACUUCUAACUUUGCUGAA